UAAAUGUUAUGGAUGGAGCCACCGUCGCUUAUUGGGCGGAUCUCAUUCGCAAUGCCAACGAUGCCGCGCAGCUCAAGCGCCUCCACUCCAAGGUCCUCUCCAGCGCCCACUCCAGCGUCUACCUCUCGAAUCUCCUCAUCCAGAUGUAUGGCAAGGCCGGGGAUUUGGCGCAGGCGCGAGAGGUGUUUGAUCGCGAGGCGGGCAAGAAUGUCUUCUCCUGGAACAUGAUGCUGGGCGCGUACGCGAGCAAUGGCGAGCUGGAGGAGGCCAGCGCCAUCUUCACCGCGAUGCCCCAGCGCGAUCGCGUCUCCUGGAACGCCAUGAUCGCCGCUUACGCCCGGGACGGGCAUCUGGCAAAAUCACGGGAGAUCUUCGAGAAAAUGCCGCACAAGGAUCUUGUUUCCUGGAACUCGAUGGUCGCGGCGUAUGCCAAGGAUGGAUUGGCAGAGGAGGCGCGAGAGAUCUUCGAGAGAAUCCCCCAUCGCGAUGCUGUGUCUUGGAAUUCGAUGCUUGCUGCCUAUGCCCGGAGUGGGGAUUUGAUCAAGGCCAGAGAGUUGUUUUCCCAGAUGCCUACCAAGAACAUCGUCGCGUGGAACUCGCUCUUGGGCGCUUACAUGGAGGCCGGGGAUGUCGCAGAGGCCGAGAGGCUCUUCCACAGCAUGGAAAGCCGCGACGAGAUCACAGUCACGACCAUGAUCCGUGGAUUCGCCAGGCACGGCCUCGCCCACAAAUCCAUCCAAGCCUUCGAAUCUAUCCAGAGCCCGAGCACGGCGAUCUGGAGCGCGGUGAUCCAGGCGCUGAUCUCAACCGGGGAGACCGCCGUCGCGAAGAACUUGCUCGAGCGAAUGCCAGAGAAGAAAAUCCAUCUCUUCAGUUCGCUGAUCGCAGGACUCUCGAGCUCCGGGGAUGUGGAAGAGGCCAAGAGAGUGUUCGAUCGAGCGCCACAGCUCAACGUAGCGGUGUGGAACUCGAUCGUGGCGGCGUAUGCCCAGAACGGGCAUAUCGCGGGGGCCGAGCUCGUCUUUGGUAGCAUGGCCGAGCACGAUCGCAUUUCUUGCAACACGAUCAUCGCCGCGCUUGGAAUCACUGCUGCCAUCGAGCGCGCGCUCCAGAUCUUUGAUCUUAUGGAAGAGCACGACAUCGUCUCGUGGGCAUCUCUCCUCGCAGCGUAUGCCCGGAGCGGGCAGCUUGAAGAGGCGAGAUCUCUCCUCGAGAGAAUGCCCGAGAGGAACCUGGUAGCCUGGAACUCACUGCUCGCGGCAGAGACCUCUCUCGAUCGCGUCAAGCUCUUGUUUGAUUCCCUCCCGGAGUGGAGCGCAGUGUCGUGGACGAUCCUCCUCGCGGCCUACGCCCGGAGUGGCCGGACAGAGGAGGCGCUGUGGGCAUUCGACCAGGGAAUGCCCGAGCACGAUGCGAUCGCAUGGGCGGUGCUAGCGCACGAGAUCGCUGGCCACGGCCACACCAGCGAGGCGCUCGCCAUCUUUGAUCGAAUGCCCCGCAAGGAGCUGGUGUCGUGGGCGCCAGUGAUCGAGGCCUGUGCACGAAACGGUGAUCUUCACCGAUCCUGGGAGCUCUUCCUAGGCGUGCCGGAGGGAUCCAAGGACCUGCUGGUGUGGACGUCGAUGAUCACGGCGUGCGCCGAGAGUGGCGAGCUCGACCUCGCUGUGGAGCUCGCGGCAAGAGCCCCGGAGCGCGACGCGGUGGCGUGGACGGCGCUCAUCGCCGGGUUUGUGCGGCGGGGCCGCAUCGAUCGAGCAAGAGUCCUCUUCUCGCGGCUGCCCGAGAGCGGUGACACGGUCGCGUGGAACGUCCUCGUCCAUGGCUACGCGCUCGCGGGGAGAGGGAAGAGGAUGCGAUCGCUGGAGCUCCUCCGCGAGAUGGAUCUCGAGGGAGGGAGUCCCAGCGCCGCGACGUUCACGGGGGUUCUCACUGCUUGCAGCCACGAUGGGCUGCUGGAUCAUAGCCGCAAGUGUUUCCUCUCCAUCGCCGGGGAUUCCCGGGGCUUCCAGCCGACGAUGGAACACUACUGCUGCAUGAUCGACGUGCUGGGGCGAUCGAGGCAGCGCGGCCGGGCCAAGGAGCUCUCCAAGAACAUGCCCUUCUGGCCCGACGAGGUGGCACUGACCGCGCUGGGCGUUAGGGCUUAACUGUCCGCUUCAGCUGAAGCGACGGUUGUGCCAGCGGGCUGCUGCCGCGUGGCUUCUUUUCGCUUUUGGAUUCACGAAGGGAGCAUGAAGUAAGUGUUUCUCCUCGAUUUGGAUUGAGCUCUCUUUUUAUCAGCUUUGGGAGUGGCGAUGCGAUUCUUUGGGACGGUCCAAUCCGUGGAACCACUGCUGGCGAUGCGCUCUUCCGGUUCUACAACGGCUUCGCUUCCCGCAAGCAACCCGGGCAGGAUCUAGACAGCCGGCUCGAUGUUCUUCGGCGCUUCGUCAUGGCUGGAGGUACGAUCGAUUAAGUUUCUUGCAAAAUGAUGGAGUUCUUUGUUCAUCAGAAAGACCCGCAACAGUUCCAAACCGAAGGUUGCCGCGCUACAGGCGAAGAAUCGACACAGACAAUCUAGCAGUUUUCCCGAUAGACGGCGGGCGGAGGAAGGCAUCAUUUAUCCUUGAGAAGAUCAAGGAAGAUCUCGCGGAUGCGGGGCUUCCGGUACCUCCAGCAAGUAUAUAACUUGAAGGUUUGUAUUCGUCCCAAAGUUCGAUGUUAUCAUUGUCUAGGGGCGGUCAUGGACUCGAAAGAGAAGCAACGCCUUCAAACCAUCUUUGAAUGGAGUGGCUUUGAUGGGAAAAUGGAAGAUCUUGCUCCUAAAAUCGCUCCCGUUCCUCGGGUUGUGAAAGGUUCCAAAGAGGAGAAAGAACAUCUCAUGAACACAAUUGCUAGAGAAAUAGGCGAGCGAGAGACGUUCCUGAAAGAGAUGGAAAAGUUUGGGAGUGACAGGAAAUACCGGGGACAAAUCCGCUGGGAAAUACAAGACAGGUUAAAUCAGAUGAAGCAACUGGAUCGUCUCAUCGCCGAAGACGACGCUAAUCUUCUCGCCAACAAAGUCAUCCAAAGAGAAAGUCGCAACACCAAGAAAGCCAUCCAAUGGCGACGCUAAAAAAACCAAAAAGAGGACCAGCGCAAAAUUUUCCAAAAACGUGAGAGUCGCACUCUUGGACUAAAACAUCUUCACGAUUACCUGCGUGAAAGCGAAGAACCUGUGAUCCCACUCUGGGAUCCAACUUUAAACCUUUACAAUUCUCCACAAGAAAAGCUCCAAAAUGCUUGGAGCUGGAGCGGUAGCACACCGUUGCAUCAGGCCACCCUGCUCCACAAAUCAUAUCGUCAUCGUCUUCACCUAGAAGAUCUCCGGCCUAUCGGAGACGCGAUCGAGUUUGCCUUCCAUACAUCCGGGCCAGCGGGAGAUACCCAUCCCUGAAUCGCGUGUUAUAGUUGAGCUCUGGCUUGAGGCUUACGGAGAAAAAAAGACCCUCAAAAGAGGUUUGAAACCUA